AUGGAGAGGGGAGCUCAAGACCUACUCCUGGAUGUCACAGCUCAGUCCCCAAAGCGCAGCCUCCUCCAGUUCCAUUUCCUCGGAUUAAUCCGCCGUCUUUUCUGCCUAGACCCGACGACGUCCUGCCUGAUAUUUUUGAGCAACGACCGGACAUAUACCCAGGAAGUGCGUGGCCAGGAUGGCGUCUUCGAGCACCCUUUUGCCCGAGACGCAACCUUCCGCAGUAUGAGAUACACCCUUGGUGUUCUCAUGGUCUCAUGGUUCGCCGGUUUGUGGACGAUGGUAUACUUUGUCCCAACUGCGCUCGCCAACCCUUACUCGGAUGGUUGCUCGUCUGCGUUGAUGAUCUCGAUCGACUUGAUCCAAACGAGGGCAAUCGUAUUGCAGCAACUGGAGCAAGAGUCUGGGCCUGUAGCCGCUCCGUUCUCACACAUUGAAGUCAUUCAGGGAGUCGAGCCUGACCACCCGGACGAUGACAACGGCGACGAUGGACUGCCCACAGAGAGCAUCGAUGGUAUCCAUCGGCAGAAUCAGGAAGAAUCAUCGCCUUCCCCGGCACAAGCCUCCAAGGAGCCGCGUCCAGCUUGCCGAUUCUGGUGCUGCUACCAUUGUGGUGAAGCUUACUCCGAGCGUACCUUCAUCCAUCUUGACGGCUUUCUCAACGAUCCAUGUACCGCGAUCACCCUUCCAUGGGAGCUCAGCAACAAAAGGGUUUCCGACGCCAGGAUUGUCCGCGACUUGGACAAUCAUUACAAGCAGAGAGAGCACUUCUUCGGGCCGCCUACACCCCCUUAUACGCCAUUCGAAAGCAUGUCUCUCGCAUUGGCGCAACGUCGUUUCUCGCACCUUCGCCCGGUUGCCACACGCAUUGAUCUGCGCGCUCUCUACGAUCCGUUUGAAACCAGAGAGUUUUCAAGCGCGGGUCUUAUUGCGGAGCUCAGUGACAGCGGAUCAGGAAAUUCCUUGAGCGGCGGCUCGAGAAGCAUCUUGAUAGGUUAUGCCGAAGAGACCGUCCUUGAGCCUCCUGAAGCACGGAGCACUCAUGAUCGUGAAAGUGACCAUGAUGUCGAAGUAGACGAUGAUGAUUAUGGCUUGGCGUCGCUAUUUCGCAGUGCGACUUCGGACAUUUGGAUCUCGAAUGAUCAAAUCAGUCAAUAG